GGGCUGGGUCCAGUCAAGCUUCACCCAAGCCCAUAAAUUGCAGCUCUCAGUUUCUCCAGAGGACACAGAGUCUCUGAGAAAGAACAACACUACACUGAUUGUGUUAAGAGGAAAAAGCUAAAACAAAGAGAUUAAGAGAUGGCAAAGGAAGAUGGUGAGACACAGCAGCAGCAUGUUAAGGACUACCAAGACCCACCACCUGCUGCCUUUAUAGAUGUGAAUGAAUUUGGGUUGUGGUCUUUCUAUAGAGCAUUGAUAGCAGAAUUCAUUGCUACACUGCUCUUUCUUUACAUCACCAUUGCCACUGUUAUUGGGCAUUCCAGAACCCAGGCUGGUUGUGGGAGUGUGGGUAUUCUGGGUAUUGCCUGGGCUUUUGGAGGAAUGAUUUUUGUUUUAGUUUACUGCACUGCUGGUAUCUCAGGAGGUCACAUUAACCCUGCUGUAACUUUUGGGCUCUUCUUAGCCAGGAAGGUGUCCUUACCAAGGGCUGUUAUGUACAUGAGUGCUCAGUGUUUGGGGGCUAUCUGUGGAGCUGGACUGGUGAAGGCAUUUCAAAAAUCUUAUUAUGAUAGGUAUGGAGGUGGAGCUAAUUUUGUGGCUCCUGGUUAUACUAAAGGAGUGGGAUUGGCAGCAGAAAUCAUUGGAACCUUUGUGCUUGUCUACACGGUGUUCUCCGCUACAGAUCCCAAGCGCAAUGCCCGUGAUUCUCAUGUUCCUGUCUUGGCACCAUUGCCAAUUGGGUUUGCUGUUUUCAUGGUACACUUGGCUACAAUUCCCAUAACAGGAACAGGCAUCAAUCCUGCAAGAAGUUUUGGUGCAGCUGUUGUGUAUGGUCACCAGCAUCCAUGGGAUGAUCAUUGGAUCUUUUGGGUGGGUCCAUUCAUUGGAGCUUUUGGUGCAGCAGCCUUCCAUCAGUAUAUUUUGAGAGCAGGGGCCAUCAAGGCCUUGGGAUCAAACCGCAGCAGUACUCAAAAUGUGUAGUGGAACUGAAACAUAACUCUACAAUGAGUCAUUUACUUGCACAGAAGGUAGACCGUGCUUGCAAUAACAGCAUUUUUCAUGGUGUAUAGAUGUAAAGCAUCAAAAUCUUCAGUUGUCUUCUUGCAGUGAUAGCUGGUUUCUUAUAUUGAAUGUGCUGAUGGUUUUCACUCUUCAAACUCAUCGUAUGAGGUAGAAUUAGAUUAUGUACCAGUUUUAAAGUCUGCAAGUGAUCUUUCAUGGCAGAAAUGUAAAAGCAUUGGAUAAAAUGGAUGCAUAGUGUGCAUGUGUGUGGAAAUGAGAUAUCAAUCAGUUUGUCUCAUUAAUAAUAUAGAUGGAGAUGUGUUUUACUCUCGGGGUUCUAAGUCAAUCUUAUUUUGUGUCUGCUACUGGUUUGGUAAGACUCAGAUCAAAUAGAGAGGAAUGAAAUAUUGGAGCAGAUAUAAUUAUGCAAAAAAAUCAUGAAUUUCUUCACAAUGUUCUGCUGCUACAAAUGCCAAUCCAAAUUUGGAUACUACUGC